UGAUCUCGCAACGUGCCGGCGCAUCGCACAAACCGACCGUCGCUGUAACCGCUGCAACACCGCCGUGUGUCCGUCCGCACCGCAAAUCGGCUCACACGCAGCGCAACGCACGUACGGCCAUAAACGCGUGUUCGCACGUUUCCGCGCCCGCUCGACGGCACAUUGCACACGCCGCACGCAUAGACACCGAUCGUCGUCAUGUACGGCCGUCGUGCUCGCGACCGCGACCUCACGAUCGCCGUGGCCGCCCUGCUGGCCGUCGCGGUGGCCGGUCGUGCUUACGGCCAAUCGGCCGCCGACGUGCCCGGAGCCGCGGACGUCUCCGACGCCGGCCAACAGAUCGCGGACAACCUCGUGAACCCGACCCCGGCCACCCGACCGUUCAACGGAUCGUCCGACGGCCUGAAAAAGGUCAUGUGGAAGAGGUGCAUGUCCAAGAACUACGUGACGUGUGUCAAACUGGCGCUGGUGCACCUGGUGGACCGGCUGGAACGGGCGAACGAGAGCUACGCGCUAGCGCCGGGCGUGACGGUGUCGGGCGAGAAGUACGGAACGGCCGAGGGGCCCGUCCCCGCAUCCGGUAGCGACUCCUCCGAAGCGUUCGACCGGUACUUCGUGGACAGGCUGGGCCGGUACUUUGGCACGCUGACGCUCAACGUCAAGCUGCUGGACGAAGCGACGGUGCGGUCGGUUCGCAAGUUGGGCGAGGCCACGGCCGACGCGUCCAUUCAGUCGGCAGGCCGGGGCAAGAAGCAGAAGUACGCGCAGUCCAUCCUGAUGGCCGGCUGGGUGACCGGUGCCAUGCUGCUGGCGCUGGGCAUGAAAGCGAUCGCUGUGCUCGCGGGCAAGGCGCUGAUGACGGCGCUCAUGUCGCUGCUGCUGUCCGGGCUGGCGUCGUUCCGCGGCGGCGGCGGCCACUCGGAGCCGAAGAGCACCACGUACGAGAUCGUCACCAAACCGGUGUACACGCACUCGCACGCGAUCGCGGACGACGCGCACGCGGCCGCCACGCAGAACGGCCCGGCGUACCGGCGGUCCAUCGGCUCGGCGGCCGUGCAGCGCGUGUCGCCGCCGUCGUCCGACGAGGAGCCCGACCACAUCGUGUACCGCAUCCACACGUCCGACAAGACGCCCAUCUACAUACCCAUCGAACGUCGCCGCCGCCGCUCGUACAACCGUUGAACGCGGUCGCCGUGUUCCUCCACGUGCCGGCGGCCGGGACACGCUAACAUUUGUUUACGUGAACCCAUCGUUUUAUUUAUUCAUCGUCACCCGUCGCCGCGUCGAAAAACGUCUUUCGACACGCGUUCCGAGUAUUAUUUUGUAUUUUCGCCUAAAUUAUUUUAAAUUUUAUAUAAAAAAAAAAAAAAAAAAAAAAAGUCGCUUACCGUUUUGAUGGAAUCCGAAAACCGUUAAAAAUACUGUAAGAGGUACAACCGAUAAUAUAGUAAAGUUUUAUGUGUUUAAUAUAAUUAUUUAUUUAACUUUA